AAAAAAAGAGAGAUCAGAAGAGGCUGCGAUUUUUGCAGUUUCGCAGUCCGAUCUUCUUCUUCUUCUUCUUCUUCCCCGAUCUUCAUUUUCUUCUUCAAUUUCCCGUAGGAGGUGUCCGUUCAAGCACACCCCCUUGGGAAUCCUUCUGCCUCUCCGUUUCUAAUGGCGUCCGACAGCUUCUCCGACAAGAACCUCGUCUUCAGAAAGCUGAAAGCCAAGUCCGAAAACAAGAUGUGUUUUGAUUGCAAUGCUAAGAAUCCCAAUUGGGCUUCCGUCACCUACGGGAUCUUCCUCUGUAUUGAUUGCUCCGCCGUGCAUCGUAGCCUUGGCGUCCAUGUCAGCUUCGUCAGGUCCACGAAUUUAGAUUCCUGGACUCCGGAGCAGCUGAAAACAAUGAGCUUUGGAGGAAAUAACCGAGCACAAGUUUUCUUUAAGCAGCAUGGAUGGAAUGAUGGAGGCAAAAUUGAGGCCAAAUAUACGUCAAGAGCUGCCGAAUUGUACAGACAAUUACUUUCUAAAGAAGUUGCUAAAAGUAUGGCAGAAGAGGCAGGGUUGCCGUCUUCCCCAGUUGCUUCUCUGUCAGCACAAGCAGGAAGUGGACCUCCUGAUUUCAAGAAUAAUGAAAUUGCAAAAGACAAUGCCUAUGGAAAGCAAGAAGCACAAGAAAUUUCUGCUUCAUCAAAAGCAUCUCAGACAGUUUUCUCAAGUACUGUGAAGAAGCCCCUCGGCGCAAAGAAACCAGGGAAGACUGGGGGCCUUGGUGCCCGUAAGCUUACAACAAAGCCAAGUGAGAAUUUAUACGAUCAGAAACCUGAAGAACCCACAGUUCCAGUUUCAUCUUCAACGACCAAAACUCCUGCAACUGGUUCAUCUUUUGCGUCUCGCUUUGAAUAUGUAGAAAAUGUCCAGUCAUCUGAUGUGAAUUCUAGUGGCUCUCAUGUGCUUAGCCAUGUAGCUCCUCCAAAGGCAUCGGGCUUCUUUGCUGAAUUUGGAAUGGAUGGUGGUUUUACCAAAAAAGCCGGUUCCAGUUCCUCGAAAGUGCAGAUUGAAGAAAGUGAUGAAGCAAGGAAGAAAUUCUCCAAUGCUAAAUCUAUUUCAUCAGCCCAAUAUUUUGGUGAUCAGAACAAAGCUGAUGCUGAAGCCCAGGUCUCCCUGCAAAAGUUUUCGGGCUCAGCUUCCAUCUCUAGCGCGGAUCUAUUCGGUCACCAGCGAGAUAAUCCUUCCAUUGAUCUUACUGCAAGCGACCUUAUUAACCGGCUUUCUUUUCAGGCACAGCAGGAUCUCUCCUCUCUCAAGAACAUUGCAGGAGAAACAGGGAAGAAGCUAAGCUCUUUGGCAUCCACAUUAAUUACAGAUCUUCAGGACAGAAUCAUUUGAUGAUACACAUUUUAAAGUGUUCUCCAUUGUAGAAUUUGGCUCGAACUCGAUUCGAUCGAUACAGUUUUAAUUACCGGCCAGUUUUAAUUACCAAGGAAUGUAAAGAAAUUCAGUAUACAGAUUCUUUCAAAAACAACCUGGUUAUUUUGUUUUUCUACAGCAACAGUGAACAUGAACAUGUGCUUUAGUUCUCUUCCUUUUGUAGCAAACAUCAGAUUUUCACCAUCCAAAGAUUGGAAAUUCCUAUCUCAGCAGAGCUUAGGGUCUAAAUCUGUAUUGAUUUUUGCUUAUAGUUGUGAGUGGAAUCAUACUUUACUAGCGAGUAGUGAUUAUGGAGUC